ACGAAACUUAUUAGUCGCGGUGUUUGUCCGUGUGAAAGUGAACAACAACCGUCCAAAUGGCUCAGCAGGCAGUUCUGCUGGACCAGGACCAGUUCUCUUGUUCUGUCUGUCUGGAUCUACUGAAGGAGCCAGUCACUAUUCCCUGUGGACACAGUUACUGUAGGAGCUGUAUUGAGGGCUGCUGGGAUCAGGAUGAUCUGAAGGGGAUCUACAGCUGUCCUCAGUGCAGACAGACCUUCACUCCAAGGCCUGCUCUGAGAAAGAAUAACAUGUUGGCUGAAGUGGUGGAGAAACUGAAGAAGACAGGACUUCAGGCUGAUCCCCCUGAUCUGUGCUAUGCUGGACCUGGAGAUGUGGCAUGUGAUUUCUGCAUUGGGACCAGAAAGCAGAAAGCCCUCAUGUCCUGUCUGGUGUGUCUGGUGUCUUCCUGCAAGACUCACCUCCAGCCUCACUAUAGUGUCCCUGGACUAAAGAAGCACAAGCUGGUCAAAGCCUCCACACAGCUACAGGAGAACAUCUGCUCUCAUCAUGACGAACUGCUGAAGAUUUACUGUCGUACCGAUCAGAAUUGUAUCUGUUAUCUGUGUAUGGUGGAUGAUCAUAAAGGCCAUGAUACAGUGUCAGCUGCAGCAGAGAGGACCGAGAAACAGAGUCAGCUGGGGAUGAGUCAGCAGAGAGAAUAAAGUAGAUGUCACGGG